GGGACGACGGGAGUAACCCGGGAGAGACUGAGGGUGUACGGGUCGGGGUGGUCUGGAGGAAGAAGUGAAAGAAGGGGAGCCUGGCUGAGGGAAGUGGGCGAGAGGGGAGGGCCGGCAGGGCUGCGGGAUGGGAGGGCGCGACACUAGGGAGGGGCGUGGGCUGCUCCAGAGGAGCCAGGAGGCCAGAGAGCACUCAGGCUCAGUCUGUCGGACAGCGCCUUACCUCGUCUCCACCAGCACCCUCAGCGUGCCUUUCCCGACGCCCCUGGAGGCAGAAAUCGCCCGUGGGUCCCUGGCUCCGGAUGCAGAACCCCACCGAGGGGCGGUCGGGAAGGAACUUAAAGUGAGCGGCAGUGUCCUCGCAGUUUGCUGGAGAGCUGAAGACUCGCGCCUUCUCCGGGUUUCCAUCGUCAGCUUUCUUGAGCAGCUUUCCCUGGUGGUGCGGACCAUGCAGCGCUUUGGGCCCCCCGUUUCCCGCUAAGCGUGGCCUAGGAAAAACAGCCCAGACCUAAGCCUGUGCCUCCCCCACCUCCAGGCAGUUGCUUCCUUCCAUGCGGCAACAACUGGGGAGUCUAAUGGCUUGCCUGGACUGGCCCUUGUGCAUCCUGGGUCCAUUUGCUUAUUAUUUUCGUUCACUUUAAGUGUUCCUUACUGCAGAAAAUAAAUAUGAUGUCUGGCUCCGA